UAGUUGGAAAUAGCUAGAUGUGGAAUCAUAUAGAAUCAUACCAGAACAUCCGAUCGUAAUAAGUAGUCACAGACCAGUUUAAACGCGGCAAUCGUAGCAGUGAAGAGUCAGUGCGACAUGCAGCGUUAGAGUAUUGUGUCCCGCGAGAAACACUUAAAUGUUAUUUACGUUGUGCAGAUCUUUGCAGCUCCAGCUGUUCGGAUCAUUUAGUAAUGUUUUUUACGACGGAGCAAGAGAACGAGCUUGUAGAUUAUAUUCUCUCUAUGGAACAACUGUUCUACGGUGUUACGACGAAAGAAAUCCGGAAGCUGGCGUAGGAUUUGACUGAAAGGAAUGGUAUUUAUCACCCUUUCAAUAGCCAAAAGCAAUUAACCGGAAUAGAUUAGUUGACUUCACCAGAAGUAACUUCCGACGCCAGGGCACACGCAUUCAAUCGCGUUGCAGUCGGGAAACUCUACGAUUUGGUGGAGUACGUACAGCAGAAAUGCAACAUCCCACCAGUAAGGCAAUUAAACGUCGAUGAGACAUCAGUGAUUCCAGUAACUAUCUUUUAUCGAUAGGAGAAGGAAGUAAACUAAAAAUUAUUAUCUUCAUUACCUGUUGAAUGAAGAUAAGAAUUUUUAGCAGACCAAAAUUCCAAAAUCCUAGCAAAGCAGGGAAAAAGGCAGAUGAGCGCUGAGUGCUGAGCACGGAAUAACGAUUAUAGAAUCUUCCACAGGACACCCUAUGUUGCUACCGUGGGACACAAUUCAGCUCAUCUACGGACGGCGAUGGAUGCAAUCAAUGCUAUCAAUGCCACUGACUGCACAGAUAUUCCCGAGGACUAAGGACUGUUCUCUGGACCUUUUUGCUCCUUAAAUGAUGGAAAACCGCUCAUUUUCCUCAUGCGCGCUUGCGCUUUCAACAGAGCGCGCGCGUGUCCCGGACAACCUCACAGGCAAACAUUACCUUGUUUGUUCAAGUUACAAAGUUCUAUCAACAAAUGUGCAAAAAUGAAGUUUAAAAUUUACACCACGAAGGAAACCAAAUUCAAGGAAGCUAUUUCGGCACUAGGCUGGUGCAAUAACGAGGAGAUUUACAGCUGCAGUGAUGACCACCAGCUGUACAAGUGGACUUCCACGAACCGAGAGUUUAUGCAAGUAGCAAAACUGCCAGAGGAUUUUAGCCCAACUGAUUUGCACUGGCUACUGCCGAAGGGAGCUGUCGUGAGCGGAUCUGGUGGGGCCGGUAGUAAGAGCAGUGACACUUUACUGAUUACCAGCUCCGAUGGACGAUUUAUCAUCUUGAGCAAGAGUGCUCGAGUAGAGCGAAACGUUGCAGCUCAUAAUGCUUCAAUAGUUUCCGGACGUUGGAGUCCCGAUGGAGCUGGAUUACUGACGGCCGGCGAAGAUGGCGUGAUCAAGAUUUGGUCACGAUCGGGGAUGCUCCGUUCGACGGUGGUACAACAUGAGGGCCAAAUCCGAAGUGCUAGAUGGGCUCCGAACGCCUCGGCCAUCGCUUAUUGUCAGGGAUCAUUCGUUGCGAUUAAACCUUUGGCUGCGAAUAGCAAAUUGACAAAGUGGAGGGCUCAUGAUGGAUUAGUACUAUGCAUUACGUGGUCUAGUAAUACUGACUUGAUAGCAUCGGGUGGAGAGGAUUGCCGGUACAAAAUUUGGGACACACAGGGGGCUAAUAUUUAUACCAGCGUUAGUGAUGACUACGCUAUUACCUCGCUCGAUUUCAGCCCAGAUGGGGAGCUACUUGCUGCGGGAGGAUUUAAUAUGCUUAAACUGUGCCACUAUUCAGGGUGGGGACACAGUAUCAAUCGUUUCAACCAAGCGGUUGUUGGUUCACUAUUCAACAUUGCGUGGUCCUCGGAUGGAACACAAGUUUCCGCAUGUACAAGUACGGGAAUCAUACUGUUUGGGCACAUCAUAGAGCGGGAACUACGCAACCGUAAUCUUAAAGCGGUUACCACUGGGCGGAAAACGAUUACAUUACAUGACAUUGUGGCAAGAACCAUGGAUACAUUGGAUUUUUCCGAACGCAUCAUUAAAUGGGAGCUAGGAUAUGGCCAUCUAGUGGUGGCGGUGCCCCAUCAAGUGCACAUUUUCAACGAGAACUAUAUCAACACGCCAAUCAUUAUAGAUGGAAGGGCAGAGAUCAAAAUAAUAAUCUUGGGUAAAAAAAAUUUCGUCUUGGUAGACAACACCUCCAUAUGGAUCUACACCUACACCGGUCGUCUACACCUCAAUCCUCGAUUUCCUGCAUCUCAAUCGCAAAUUCCCCAUCUCAAUAAUCGCUGUAUAUCACUCGGUUUAGAUACGCUAGCCAUCCGAGACUAUUCAGACCAAUCUGUGAUCCACGUAUUCGAUCUGCUGCCGGGAGCUACCAGACAAGAAGAACCAUACACUAUUCAGAACAAAUCAUCCUUGGUGGAAGUAGCGGUAUGCCGUUUCGGGAACCCGGACGAUCAGUAUCUCGUUUUCAUCGACGAGAAUCGGGAUCUGUUCAUCACUUGUGUAAGAAGUGGACCUGAAUAUAUAAUACAAAAGAUCGGAACGCAGGUUUGCACUGUGAUGUGGUCAAGCGACACGAACAUCCUCGUGGGCCUCCAUGACUCGUGUUACAGUGUUUGGUACUGUCCAGGAGAAGCCUGCACCGAUCCAACUCUGAUUGCCCUCACAACAUUCUCCUUCGAUACCAGCGAGUUUGGAAAGAACAUAUCGUUGGAAAACUUUGAAGGUGCAAACGUCACAUUGCGAAGCUCCGGUGCAAUAUUUACGGUUUCGGUAAAAUCGUACUGCGUAAUACUGCACAAGCUCUUUGCGGACAAUGCAUGGGAGCGAGCGUUGAAACUCUGUCGCCUGGUUCAGAACCAGAUUCUGUGGGCAAUCCUUGCAGCGAUGGCGUCUAAAAGAAAUCAGCUGGAAAUAAGUGAGGAAGCUUAUUCUGCAGCGUUGCAAAUCGAUAAGGUCAACUAUCUUUCCUUCAUGAAGGACUUAGCCCAGGCUAGUCCGGAACAAAUGGCAGAAAAUUCGAUCAUGAACGGCAGAAUCAAAGAAGCGGAGAUCAUUUUGCUUCACAAUAAUAAAAUUCAUGAGGUUAUAAUGUUCUGCCUGAGGAUGCAUCGGUGGGCGCGUGCCUUGGAGAUUGCCCAGAAGCAUGAAACGGAUUUGGAAAUUGUGAUGAGGGAAAGGAAGAAAUAUUUGCAUGCCCUGGGGCGAGAGGAAUAUGAUCCAAGUUAUCUAAGUUUACAAUAAUACUUAAGUGAUUAAGUGAUAUUGUUUAAAAUAAAACUUCAUGUGUCAUUAAGAAAUUGA